AUGCAGGAUAGGACUGAACAUCAGAGGAAUGGGCAGGAGAGGACUGAGCAGGAGAGGUCUGGGCAGGAGACGACUGGGCAGGAGAGGACUGGGCAGGAGAGGACUGGGCAGCAGAGGACUAGUCAGCAGAGGACAUGGCAGGAGAGGACUGGGCAGGAGAGGACUGAUUUGGAGAGGGAUGGGCAGGGGAGAACUAGGCAGCAGAAGACUGGUCAGCUGAGGACUGUUCAGGAGAGGACUGGCCAGGAGAGGACUUUGCAGGAGAGGGCUGGGCAGGAGAGGACUGUCCAGGAGAGGACUGGGCAGGAGAGGACUGGGGAAGAUAGGACUGUUGGAGAGGACUGGGCAGGAGAGGACUGGGCAGGAGGACUGGGCAGGAGAGGACUGGGCAGGAGAGUCAUGGGCAGGAGAGGACUGGGCAGCAGAAGACUUGGCAAGUGGGAGACUGGGCAGGAGGGGGCUGAGCAGGAGAGGACAGCGCAGGAGAGGACUGGGCAGAAGUGGACUGGGCAGAAUAUGACUGGGCAGGACAGGACUGGGCAGGACAGGACUAUGCAGGAGAGGGCUGGGCAAAAGAGGGCUGAGAAGAAUAGGGCUGGGCAGGAGAGAACUGGGCAGGAGAGGACUGGGCAGGAGAGGACUGGGCAGGAGGGGAAUGGGCAAGAGAGGCAUAGGCAGGAGAGGACUGGGCAGGAGAGGACUGGCAGGAGAGGGAUGGGCAGGAGAAUUCUGGGCAGGAGAGGAUUGGGCAGCAGAAGACUGGGCAGGAGAUGA